CGUUGACGGAUUACUCGCGAGGACGAUAUUGCCGGGGCACAAUCAUUUCACGGAUCACGGUACCGUUGUACCUUUCGCUGUUCGUAUCGUCGCGACAUUAUCGAGAAUCGCGGCCUCGACAAUGGUACCGGUAACAAAGGUUUCCACCGUUCUUUUCUCAUUUUCCAACAUACAGAUAUUUUCUCUUCUCAAAGUUUUCGAAACUUUGUAGAGAAAUUCGACGUCGAAAACACGCGAAGGGAAUGGAUCGUGGAAACAUUCUACUACGAUUCCUCGAGGGUGGCUUUGUUCUCGACUAGUCACGGCACUGAAAUAGCCUAAGAACAUGUAAUUUCAUCAGAAUUCGUUUUACUCGCCCUUCUGGACGCCUUCUUUUUCCCCUGAGAAAGAGAACGUAGGGCGUAAGACGUAGGGUGUACGACCCUUGUUGCAAGCCAGAUGGUUCCUCUUUCAGGUCCGCGCGAUUUCCCAUUACCCUGUCGACCAUUCGUCUACGCGGGUUUCCUCGACCAUCGCCAUCCGGAGGAGAUUCCCCUUCGCGGGAAAGCGUUACUUAUCAUUCGACGCGUUUCGAUCAAUUAUUUAUCGGACUCGUACAACAAUAUCCAAUUUAACCCCCGUCUCGUUUCAUCAUACGCGAUUUCCAGCCGUUUAUCGGCUCCUGGAGCGAGGACCGGAUCAAUCCUCCGCUCGUUUCAGUUUCGUAGCAAGCUGAACACAGGAAAAAUAUCUUCCAGUAGAGAAUAAAAGGCUGACAAAUAGGUCAGCCACCUAGAGAUUACGUUUACGGCAUCGGAAAUGAUUGCGCUCUGUGAAAAUAGACUUUCCCUCCCUCUCCGUUUCCUUUCUUCCCCGUUGUCCCGUUCUCGCUCCGGUUUUCUUAGUCGGCGCGAGAUCAAACGCAAAAGGGGUGCUUUCAUUUUCUCCGUUCGGGUCAGUUUUCUCGGCAAGGUAGUCUCCGUGGCACGACGUUCUCUUUUCGAGCCUUCUGGUAAUGUAAGAACGAGCGACGUGUAACCAUAAAGGAAAUUCUACCCGAGUAAUCUUCUCGAGAACGCUGCAGCUUCUGUCGUUAAAGAAGCGAGAUACUAAAGAAAGAUUCGGUUCGAUCGGGGAUCGCGGAAAGGAAAAUUCAUUUCAGAUUCGUCAAAGUUACAAAGUUCGCCACUCGGAGCACCGCUGAAUUCCCUGUUUUCUGAAUUCACGGGAAGGUGACUGAACAUUCCUUCGGCAUUUAAUCCCGCUGCGUUCGUCGCGCGGUUUGCGAACCACGCGCGCUCAGUCAAUUCCCUCUCGAAGCAUUCGAGACUCUCGACUCUAUGUUAAAGGGGUGAAAAACAGAGACAGAACACGCUGCGGCAGCGAUCAUCGCUUUGCCCUUUUCCUCCAUCCGUGCGCCCGAUUUCCCAACCCUUUCCUCCCUUAUCCGUCAGCACGACAGAAAAAAUACACAGAAAUCGAAUGCACGGCUAACUUUUCGACAAUCCCGUCGCGUAUGCGAUUCUACCGAGAUUCCGUUUUUCCCGGAUGUCAGACAGACCAGCCAUUAUCUCUUAACGAUGUUUGCACAACUCUCGCCGCGAAAUUUUCCGAGAUAAUUAACGUCGGCGCCACCAUUCAUUAACGAAACCCCGGUAACGCGGCCCCCGCUAUCUUUCGAAGCCGAUAGACGAGGUAUCCUCCUUCCGCUCGUUUGCUCCUAUCCUUGGAGAAUAAAUAUCGAGGGAUCGACCUGUUGGUCGUGUGCUCGAUAAGCGAGAAAUGUGCAUCGUUGUCUGAGAAAGAGGUAACAGUUAACCCGUACGAGGGGUUCUCAAGGACCUUGAGAGCUAAGGGGAGUUUCAUCUACGGAGGGAGGGAGAGGGAUACUCGUAAAGGCACUAGAAUUAUCACGGUAACUCUCAGUAACCGUCAAACAUGCCAAAGCUUCGCGUCGAGCGUUCUGAACAAACUCGUUCGAAUCAGUAAUACGUUCGAAAGGGAAGGAAGCAGAAUAAUACUCGGAGCAAGAUGUCAAUGACGGGAAGCUUGAUGGGCUACGAGAACAACAACGAAGUGAAUCAAGCGAAAUGUAAGAAACCGUUGAAACCGCUUCCGAUAGUGUCCAGCAUAAGCUCGAGCGGUGUUUCGAGCACCGCGAAAGCGAGGAAGCCACGAAGAUCGAGCAGACAGAGUUCCUGUAUACGAGGCCACGUGAACAACCUGUGGUCCGUUUGGUACGGCAUUUUAGCGGUCGCGUUUCAGGCUUACAUCGGGCUGAGAUACGCGAAACGUUUCGCCGCGUACUUGUCGUUACCAUGGCCAGCGGACGCACCUCCGCCGAAGGUAGAACUGUACGCGUGUCUGGUGCUGGCCGGUACCGGGGUGGUGCUUCUUCCGGUUCUCCUUGGCGCGGCGUUCCUGAAGCUCGGCAACCUUGCCAACGACGGAGUGAAACUGGGCCGCCACUUGAGCGCGUGCUCCCGCGACCCACCCUCGUCGCUGCUCACCAACAAUCUCGACCACAGUUUGGCAAAUAAUUUAUGGAGGCACGGAGGUCCCACCGCGGCCUUUCUACACCUUUGCACGGCCAUGUGCUUCCUGUUACCCUCGCUGCUCAUGGAAGCCAGGCUGAUACACGCUGGAUUUCUGCCAAAAGAAGCGAUAUGGCGUACGGAUUUGGAUUGGCUAGUGAUUCACCGGGAUCGACUGGUUGUAUCGAGCUUCAUGAACCCGAACGUGAACCUUAGCAUUCUGACCGGUUUCAUAACUCCUCAGCCUUUCGUUACCCUGACACCCGACGACGAACCGAACGACGUAAUUACCACCUUCUCAGAUCUGGAUGUCGUCGACAAAACGAUCGAAACUAAAAGUCGCGAGACUACCAACAAUUUUCUCGGCUUGUUUCGACCACCGAGCACCGGCCUACCGCCACCCAACGCGCCAACUUCCAGUCCCAGCACUACUUCCGGUUCGCUCACCAACUCUAUCGCCACCUCCUCGAUCGAUCCAUCGACCACGAGGGUGACGAAAACUAGCGCCAGCACGACUAGGACGUCGACAACGACCGCGACGUCGACGACGAUGAAAUUCAGGGAAACGGAGGAAUCGGAAACGACGAUCGCGAGGACGACCUUACCACCCUUGUUCCCUUCGUCUACACCGAGUACUUUGAAGAGCACCACCGUCAAAAAUGGAUACCCAGCCAGGCGACCCACCCCCAAGACGAUUCUUAGGAAUAAUAAUCUAAAGAAUAGGUCGAAGACGAAAAAUUUCACGAGACCUUCGACGACGAUCAGACCGAGCAGAACGACCGUCGUCUCCGCUGGAAACAUGACGGCUCAGAGUAUGUCCCUGACGAUGAACAGUCUGGCUGAUUUGGAUCAUCCGGAGAAAUUGAACCUCGAAUUUCAACCCGCCGAAUCUUACGGACCCAUCACCUUGGAGUACCUGAAUUACGCGAUCGCUCUUGGCGUGUACUCCGUCAGGUAUCCCGCGGUGUUCUGGUCGUGCAACAAAGCAUUGGGCACCAUUUUCAGUUUUCAAUUGGUCAUUAAUUCCGCCCAGAGCUUGCUAGCUUACGUUGGGAUGUCUGUUCUUUACAAGGUUCAAGUUAUGGGACCUUUGAAAGUGUUGCCUGUUCUUCGGCAACAGUAUCGGACGAUUUCGACCAGCAGCAGUAUAUCAACGAUAUUCGGAGACUCUUACUUUUUAUUAAAUCCACAUGUCACUCUGGUACUUUUCGCUCUGUCUUCUCUGUUGGUACUGUGUUCGAGCAUGGUGAUGUACUUUUAUGCUUACGGCAGAUUCACGGCGUUCCUGAACCAGGAACGCGAACGUCGAGUGAUCCUGUCGAAGGAGAACCGCGACAAGAACGGCUGGGUUUAUUUUAUCCAUUGCACGGCUCUUUGCGUGUUUCUAGCGAUCGCGAUAUGUAGCGCGCCGUUGUUGUACGAUUACAGCGUCGUUUAUCGAGGCAGUUUGGACGGUGCCAUCUUGGCCUGCAUCGUCGCCACCGUUCUCCAUUUGUUCCUCUGGCUGGUGAUCUGGAUCUUUCUCACCAUUAAACAACGGUGGACGUUCAAAUUGAGGGUGACGAUCGGUCGCGCGACCGUCAGAUCGGCGAGAUCGGUGAAGCUGGUGACCGACGUGGAUCUUUUGUCUGCGAGGGACGAAGAGGACGGUACCAGCGCGCCAUUGCUGGUGGUCGGUAACGGCAGAACGUACACUAUUGCCGACGCCUCCCCGAAGAAGGCCAUCAUGAGCGUGAUACAGAAGGCGGCGAUCGAAAGGAAAGCGCGCUCCCAAGGAAACACUGAUUCGGUCGACGGAGAAUCGACGGUCGACGACGAACAGAUCUAUUGGUUGAGACCAAAAUUACGACCGUCGCCCACCAGGUCGCCGAGCGACGCGAACGGUGUGGCGAACGUGGAAAAGGGUUGGCUGAACAAGAAAUUCAAGCCCAAGGUCACCUUUAACGACCUGCCUAGUACGUCAGGCUCGCGUAAUAAGGGAAAAAUCCGACGAGGGACCGGUGAUGGGGGUCCCGAAGACGACGGAGACUACGCCACGCUACGGGAACUUCCGCUGAUGACGUCACUGGAUCCGGCCGAUGAUUCAACGUCAGAGGAGAACAAGUGGGGAAGAUGGCUGAUAUCCCGUAGGGACGGUAUACCUAAAUUUGGAGACCUACUCGAAUGCGUGAACGACGACCAGGUGACUUACUACGCGAGCGCAAAUCGCGAUCUACAACCUUCGGAGGGGGACCCCUCGCCAUUGUUGACACCAGACCCUUUGCCCGAUCCCACCUCGGAGCCACUUCCACUGCCACCCCCGACUCCAACUUCUGCACCGAGCACCGAAGUUGUUACGACGUCACUAACCGCUAACACCCAGACAAACGGAGGGCAAACGCCGCGAUGCUUGCGUCGAGCAGACUCGGGGAUGCCACACGAAGAACUGACACCACGUUCGGACUCUUCGAACUCUCCGCCGAUGGAUACCGUGACCGGUUGCGGUGGAACAGGCUCGGUCACCGGGCACAGUAACACCAGUAGCCACAGCGAGACAUCUUCGAGCGGUGUGCACAGUAACGCGAGCAACGCGAGCAAUGCCAGCAACGGUAGCUGCCAGCGACGAGCGACCAGCGUGGACGAUCUAACCGGGGAACAACGGAAUUGCGAUGAUUCGCGAGAACAAUGGCGCAGUUGUUCCCUUCAACGAGGCGUACAACCGCCUACCGGUCCCGGUACCGCCACCUUCUUAUCGAACACCGGUCGAGCCGGGACCAGUCAAGCCUUCGCUUCGCCGCAGUACGCGAACCACGUGCCAUUGUUUGUUAACUCGAACUCGAAUUCCAGUUCGAACUCGAGCGCGAAUUUAAACGCGAGUGUAAACGCGAACGUGAAUGGAAACGCUACCGCCAGCGAGGUGGUGAACGCGACCGGUGGUUGUCCGGCGGUUAUCGUGGAAAAUCCAAACGAGGCGACCGUGGUUAUACGUCGCAAGUUGUCCAGAACGAAGCUGACGGAACCGUUGAAUCCUAACGAGGAACCGUUCGGUCGGUCCACCAAUAUGAGGAUGGUGUCUUUCACGGAGAGCAACGAUGUCCGCGUGCACACGGCAUCCGCGACUCUUCCCCAUUACCCGACCCAACCCGCGGUUACCUUCCCUCAUUGCUCCACCAUGCCUUUGCCUCACGGUUCCCACAGCAUGGCAGGUUCGCACAUGGCCGGCUCGAGCGGAAGCUGCGGUUCGGUACCGAGACACGCUUUCGUUCCGCCUCAGGUUCACGCGACCGUUCCCGCUCACACCACUCUACCCUCCCAUCACAACGGUGUCAGACUUCUGCACCCUACCCCGCAAAGCAACCCUUUCGUCAAGAGAUUCCCCCCUGUACAGAUGCACGGGCAGCCCUGGGCUCUGCCCGGCGCGCUGCCCGGUCACCACACGUUUCCCCAAGCGCCGCAGAAUAACGGCAAGCUGACAGCCGCCGCUCAAAUCCGACAGACCGAUCGAGACUCGGCCAACUUCUCCAUGGCCAGCAGCGGCGACUCUGACACGUGUUUGCCUCAUUGAAUCGAACGCGCGGACCGUCAGCUUCGUCUAUCAUUCACCGCUUUUCACUUCCCGCUACCCUAUUCUUGCUCUCGCGGUUGCUUUUCGCGACACUCGAUCGACGAGAAUGCGCGCUUCUUCUCCGGAUCUUUCGAAGACUGAAAAGGUUUCCGAAAGGGCUAGGAAUUUCGUACCCUUUGCCCGACGCAACCCCCACUACAUAUCAUAUCCCUCGCGAAUUCAAGCACCAAAGAGAAGAACGUCUGACGCGUUACGUUUUUUAUUUUUAUUAAUACUACCGUUCGUCAGCACCCAACUUCUCGGCAGUUCUUCCAUAUCAACGAUCUGUAACGUGGUACAGGUUCGUCAAUUGAAAAAGGAACCAAACGGAUACGUUUGUGCGUCGACGAUCUAUAUCCUAACGCUAACGUAUAUACAUAUAUGUAUACUUAUAACCACACGUAUUUAAAGAGAAAAAAAAAUGUACGAGACUCGUCGCAAACAUAUCUUCCGCGAGUCGACGCUACAACUGUUCGCGCUUCUAACGAUACCGUGUAAAGUAUCUACCGAUCUUUCGACACAAUGGAAACCUUUUCGCUCUUCAAAGUUCUACGCGUUAUCGUGCUUUCGUUCAAAGUCGCUCAACGGGUAGAACGGAUCAAGCGAAGGCGAAGCGAUGAGAAUUGAAACGUAACUUUUCUUUGUAAAUUUUCUUCGGACACCUAUUCAUCUUAUAUCGUUUCGUUUCGUUUCGUUUCAACGAGACAAGUUUCUCGGGAAAUCUAUUCGAUCUUCGUCGUACGUCCUCUUAAUUUUAUUUAUUUUUUAAUGUAUAUUUAUUUCUCCUUUCGUUUUGUAAAUAGGAUUGUCGUUUGAAGUUAAAAAACACGACAAAGAAGGAGAGAAGAGGAAACGAAAGAAUGAAUAAAGGAUAGAGCGUAAGGGUUGGUCGCAAAGCGACCGGUUAACUAGUAUUAAUCUGUAGGCAUGUAAGUUCGCGAUGCGAUUGGUCGCUGAUUGUUAAAAAGCGUUCGAGAAAGAACGGGUUACUGCCAUUGAUACUCGCGCGGAUCUUUGGAUCUCCAUGAUAUUCGCUUAAUUUCGUCGACUGCCACGUUCUCUCGUCCCGUUCCGCGAGCAUUCGAGCGCUCGAAAAGCACCCGCUUUCUUCUCUUGCGAUCCACCUCUGCGAUUCAUCGUCUGCGAUAUCCAAGCGAAAUAUCGCCUUUGCGUUUUCUUUCACGUUUGCGUUCGCGUUCUCGGCAAUUUUAUCUUCUAGACGGGAUCGAAGGAUACACGAUCGGUAGGAGGAGAUGCGCGGACGAACGAUAACGUUCGCCACCUUAACGACGACUAAGGAAUCGAAAAAGAAAAAAAAAAGAAAACGAAUCUGUACAAUAUCGACGCAACGAGGAUAUUCUGUUCGUCGCGUGUAUAUCGAAAACGACCGUUCUUCCUUCCAAGAUAUAAUGCGGAUAACGAGUUGUAUUCGCGCGUACAAAGUGUUUCUAAAUCGCGUUAGACAAGAGGCGACGCUGUUCUUAAGGUAAUGCACCAAUUAGCGAAAGUCAGAUUCGUCGAUAGAAAGCAAUUAGCAGUUUAGACUUCUUUACGUUUCUUUCUUUUUAUCUAACGCGAUCGCCUCUGAACAAUACGUAGACGUCUGAAGGCGUUUCGAACUAAACGGAGCUCAAGCAAAUGCAAAAAAUUUAUUUUUCACUACCUUGCGGUCGUUUCGGACGGAGAAAAUCGAAACACAUUAACCCGGUGCGUACAAAUGCGUUUCCCGUAGUAUUUCCUAAAACAAAGACGGAAUCGAGAUCGCGAUUCGCUGGAGCAUCGAACGAAACCGAACUUGUACAGCUGUCUUUUUAUACGUGAUCGUGCUCGUAGGAAUUUAAAUCGUAUUUUUUACGCACUUUUUCGAAACGGACUCGGAAUUCGAAACGUUCCCGUCGGAUGUAUCUCGUAGAUCGGUUAGAUUGUUAGACAAUCCGGUCCGUUUUCGCUUUCGAAACAAGACGGAUACCCGCAGCUUUCUCGAAUUUUUCCUGUUUCCGAUCGAUUAACCGAAUAUAUCGGCGAUCGAUCGGAACCCGCUACCGACGUAGCCUUAUGGCUUUCGCGUUUCCGAUCCGUCGGGACGGCUGUCGUCCUACCGACAGCUAGGAUCGGAAGAGGAAAGCACGUUUCGGCCUCGCAGACGCCAACAGAAUCGAACGCUUUUUCUAUCGCAAGGAAACCUUCCUUUCCUCGAUGCGAGCCAAACGAACACAGAUAUCCUUCAUAGAUAUUUUCUUAUUUUUUCACGAACGAAUUAGCCCUCGUGGAAGUAGUAGGACCGCGUGUAAGAUAUCGUCGCGAAUAGUAGAAAAAUCGGUGAAAGGAGUUUAGCGAACACGGAGUUGCUCGAACUUCGUAAAAUCUUUGUUUGAUGAGCGGAGAAAUGCUUGAAACUUUUUAUAAUCCCCAUACCUCGUCCUCGGUAGGAUCGGUUAGACAAAUUUCUCCUCCGACAAAUCGGAAAAGAUUCAAAUCUAUUCUUCUAGGAUCAGAAAGCAUCGAUACGGGUGCAGUUAAAGCUUUAUGGUGUCGAGUUUCUCGAUCGAAAGCUUAAGUGAACCUGCAAACGAUAAAGCUUUCACUGUAUUUGAAAAUAUUUUUCCACGCGAACACAUUCGUACACGCGCCCAAUCUAAACGCCUUCUUCUGAAUGUGUCGAUACGAUAUAAAACGCGCGAUCGCGUUAAUCUCGGUUUCGUCUUUGUGGGACAGAUUAUACCUAAGCGUAAUUGUAAGAAAAGAAAACGCGUCGACGAUCGAGUAGAUAAUUAAUAAAAAGGGAACGAAACGACGAUCGCGUUGCGAUCGAUGGAAAACAUAUCACGACGGAAGGACCACUCGUUACUUCGGUAACGUAUCGUGCCGCGUGUAAUGUAGAACGAGAAUAAUUAGAUGCAACGCGAUUGAUUUUUCUUCAUUUACGUUUCGUUCGACUUGCCAUUUCGCGGGUAUCAUCGCGUUCGUUAACGGUCGUCGGCGUGCUCGUCAUUAUCAUCGCUAUCAUCGACAUCAUCAUCAACGGAGGAAGAGUGAUAGAAGCAGAGGAAACACUUAAAACAAUAACAACUGCAACAGCAAUAGCAACGAAAGCGUAAGCAACAAAGUUUUGGAAGAAAAAGAAAAAGAAGACAACUCGGAUCAUAUCGAUGCUGCGACUCGCAGAAAUAUUUUUUUACCGUUUAUCGUCAAGCGUCUUUGCUAUUCUGUUCGUUUUAGAUCCGGCUAGAAGCGAAAUGCGCGCAAACCUGUACGGUCAGAAAGGUCCGAAGGGGGUAGUUUCCGCGAAAAGGAUCGACAAGAAUCUUGGGGAUCAUCGGGAUGCUUCGGGGGUCAAAGAAUAAAUGUGCGUACGUUUGCGUGUGAAAAUGUGGGGUAUGCGUGAAUGAGCGUUUCAUUCAACCCGUUCAUCGUCGACGAUUCCUCCGAAGGUUGUAAAUAAUUCAGAGCCGAAUGACAAUUCGUGGCCAAGACGAGAGACAAAGAGCGAGGAUAUACGAUGGAAGUAAGCGACGAAAGGCGCGAAAAAAAAAAAAGAAAUGAAACGGAUAUGUACGAAUAAUUGUAUAAAGACUGAUUAGACUAACCUUGGUAUUUAUUCUAAUUCGCAGUUAAACGCUAUCGCUUUGCGCGCUCUCGAAUACUCACGGAGCUCGAUACCAAAGCUAUUCAUUCCCAUGGAAAAGCUUCCAUUUUUCUCUUGUUCUUUGACUCGGAACAUUUCCCACCCUCGACUCGACCCAUUUUCGUCGGCGUCGCUCGCUCUUUAUCUCCGGGUUCCACCGAAACUACGGUAUAUCCCUAUUUCUUUAACGCUUCAUCGAAAAAAAGAACGCAGUUUUCUUCUGUUUAAUCGAAAAUACAUCGAAUAUGAAAAGAACGUGGGGGAAAAGAAAAUUCGGUGGAACGGGGUGUUUUUGCGUAUCGUUCAUGUCUUUUCUAAUCGUUCCCCGUGAUUAAUGCUCCUGUUCCGCAUUGUUGUUCCAUACAAACGCGAUUCGUUCGGAUACAGAGCAAAGAGAAAAAGAAAAAUGGUAUGCGCGAUCAUAACAGCGACAUUAUUAUCGUCACAACGUAUCAAUAUUAUUCGACGCAUCGUAUAAGCAAGUAAACUAGAUGUAAACUUUGUAUAUUCAUUUACCAAGAGAAUAAAGAUAAAUUAUUCGAAAAUAAAA